UAAAUUAAUAAGAUGGUGAUUCGUAUUUUUCGACUGCUCAUACCAAUCCAAUAACAAUCCCCAAAAUUGUAUUCCCCAUUUUUGUUGUUUCAGAAUCUAAAAUGUUUUUGACAUUUUCUGGUAAUUUUAAUUUUAUUGAAAACUAGUUAUCAAUUUUAUUUUAGGGAAAAUUUUAUGUUUACCAUUUUCAUUAAAAAUAAAGAUAAAAAUGGUUAGUGUAAACAUGAAAAGUGAUACUAUGAAUGUGCUAAUUUGUGGUAAUUUCCCAAAAAAAAAGUUUUCUAAACAUAAUUAUCUAUACUAACAAAAUAGAAAUCAUGAUUUUUUUUAUGCGUGAUAUUUAAAAAUGGAUCAUCAUGUUUAUCAAAUUUUAUAUACUUUAAUCAUCAUAUCUUUUAAUAUCUUUAUCCUUUAUUUAAAAUAUAAAUAAAUAUUUUUAAGAAAAAUCUAAGAAAAUCUGUCAGAAUCAUUUUAAAUUUUAUUUUCGAAAACUUAUUAAUUUAAAUUUUAACUAUCAUAAAAUAUAACUAAAAUUUCAAAUUAAAUUUUUUUUGUUUAAUGAACGAAAAUUAAAUUUAAUGAACGAAAAUUAAAAUCAGAUAAAAGAUUUUUAAUUAUACUUUAGUGAUGAUAAAAAUUUAAAUUAAUUAAUUUUCGGAAAUAAUUUUAUAAAGAUCUUAAAAAGAUUUUUUUAGAAAGAAAUAUCCAAUUUAAUUUCAAAUAAAAUAAAAUAAAAUAACAAAAAAUCUUAUUCAACUUUGUGUAUUUCAAGCAAUUUUUCAAAUACGAUUUUACUACAAAAUUGUUUUGCAUGUACAAUAUAUUAUAGUUUCUUUAAAAAAAAUAUUUGUUGGUGUUUUUAACAAUAUCUUACAAUAUUUCUUCUCUAUUAUGUAGGUCCAAUUUAAUUUGACUUCCAUAUACAUUUCAAACUUAGAAAAAAUUAAAAAUAAUGUAAAAUAAUAUUGUUACAUAAUAAUAUUCUCAAAAUGAAAUUUAUUACAAAAAAUUUAUAGUAAUAACAAUAUAAGCCACUUAAAUAUAGGCGUUUUAGAGUUAUAUAAUACAUAUAAAUCACAUUAAUUUAGUGAUAAAUUUUAUUAUAUAAACUAAAAUGUUUUAGUAUAAAAAACAUGUACGGAUGCGCGAGUCAAGACCUAGACCUGGUGUCUCUUACCAUUAGUUAGAUAACUCAGCUUGUGAUCGAUAUGUCAGACGACUCUUUGAUAGUAUGUAUUAAAGAAAACUAAAGUAUUAAGUAUGAAUUUUAUGGUGCAAAUAUUAUUUUAUAUAUCGUAAUUAGUCACUUUGUAAAUGUCUAAAAGCAGAUUAUAUAUACUACUAGUUAACUAGUAUGUAGAAGGAAGAUAAAUAAUAGUAUAAACUAGUGGUCGUAUACGUAAACAUGCAUCAAUGGUUCAAUAAAACCCAUGCAAAAAACCAACAAUUCAAUUCAAUUAUAACAUAAAAGGAUUGCAUAUGGAUAUAUUAACUUUUUUUUUGACUAAUCCUUUAAACUGAAAUGUAUUUAGUAUUUUAAUCAAGGAGACGUGUCUGUUAGGUGGAAAACUCUGAAACUGUCUACGUCUCUCCAGGCAUUGGCUCCUGAAACCAUGAUGGUCAUUUAACAUAACAUCAAAAGAGAAGACAUCCUUCGAAUCUCAUCCGGCCUUCUUUCUUUUUCCCUUCAUAAGAUCAUACGAAGCUUGUUUCUCUGUAGAUCACGUACGAUUUUGUAAAGAUUCAGAAGAGAUGAGUAACAGAGAUGAUACGGAAGAGGGAAGGAGUGAUCUUCGACGUCCCUUCUUACACACGGGAAGCUGGUACCGGAUGGGUUCCAGACAAUCUAGCAUGUUGGAAUCGUCUCUUGCUAUUCGAGACAGCUCCAUCUCUGUCCUAGCUUGUGUCUUGAUCGUUGCUCUUGGUCCUAUUCAAUUCGGUUUCACUUGUGGCUAUUCCUCUCCAACUCAAGCUGCUAUUACUAAGGAUCUUGGCUUAACUGUAUCAGAGUACUCUGUGUUUGGGUCUCUAUCCAAUGUGGGUGCUAUGGUUGGCGCAAUUGCAAGUGGUCAGAUUGCAGAAUACAUGGGGAGAAAAGGGUCUCUGAUGAUUGCUGCCAUUCCCAAUAUUAUGGGCUGGCUUUCUAUAGCUUUUGCAAAAGAUACUUCUUUUCUUUACAUGGGAAGACUGUUAGAAGGUUUUGGCGUUGGGAUCAUCUCUUAUACGGUGCCUGUAUAUAUAGCCGAGAUCGCUCCACAGAACAUGAGAGGAGCAUUAGGUUCAGUAAACCAGCUUUCUGUAACAGUUGGGAUAAUGUUGGCAUACUUACUCGGUCUCUUUGUUCCAUGGAGAAUUCUUGCAGUUUUGGGAGUAUUGCCAUGUACAUUAUUGAUACCGGGUCUUUUCUUCAUUCCUGAAUCUCCUCGGUGGCUGGCAAAGAUGGGUUUGACAGAUGAUUUUGAAACUUCCUUGCAAGUUCUUCGUGGUUUUGAUACUGACAUUAGCAUCGAGGUUAAUGAAAUCAAGAGAUCUGUGGCCUCAUCUGGCAAACGUUCUGCUAUUCGGUUUGUGGACCUCAAGCGUAGGAGAUACUAUUUUCCAUUGAUGGUUGGUAUAGGACUGCUUGUACUUCAACAACUUGGAGGAAUCAACGGUGUCUUGUUCUAUUCGAGUACAAUUUUUGCAUCUGCAGGGGUCUCAUCGAGUAAUGUGGCAACAUUUGGAGUUGGUGCUGUUCAGGUACUGGCCACUGCAGUAGCUACAUGGCUGGUUGAUAAAUCAGGUCGCAGACUUUUGCUCAUGAUCUCUUCUAUAGGGAUGACGAUUAGCCUGGUGAUUGUAGCAGUCGCGUUUUACCUUAAGGAAUUUGUAUCACCUGAUUCCAAUAUGUAUAACAUUCUAAGCAUGGUCUCUGUAGUUGGAGUUGUGGCUAUGGUUAUUGCUUGCUCUCUAGGAAUGGGACCAAUCCCAUGGCUGAUUAUGUCUGAGAUUCUUCCAGUGAAUAUAAAAGGUUUGGCCGGAAGUAUAGCAACUUUAGCCAACUGGUUCGUCUCUUGGUUAGUCACAAUGACUGCAAAUAUGCUCUUAGCAUGGAGCAGUGGAGGAACUUUUACCCUCUAUGCUUUGGUCUGUGGAUUCACUGUGGCCUUUGUGUGUCUUUGGGUUCCUGAGACCAAAGGCAAAACGCUUGAAGAGAUUCAAGCAUUGUUCAGAUGAUUCUAUACAAGGAGAAGAAGACAAACAACAUACAUUUUUCACUUUUGUUUUUAUCCAUUACAGAUCAUUCUUUUGUCCUCUCUUUGUCUUUAUUUCCUGCUUUGUUCAGCAUGUUUUCCACCAGCUAUUUUGCAAAUUCCAUGAUAAAAAAUUGAAUUAUUUUGAUC